AUGGGCGGACCUGAUGGGCAGGAGUCCGAGGGAUUGACGAUUGUGGUUCGGGAGCCGAUUGGUGUUGUGCUGAUUAUCCAGCCGUGGAACGGUGCUGUGAUUCUUCCUCUGCGGGCCAUGUCUAUGGCUUUGGCGGCUGGAUGUACCGUUGUUGUGAAAGCUUCCGAGUUGUGUCCGCAGACGCACCAUCUUAUCCGGGAAUGUUUCGAGGAAGCUGGGAUUCCAAAUGGUGUGAUUAAUAUGAUCCAAGCUAAGCGCGACAUGGCCGCGGCGGUCACCGAGGCGGUCGUAGCCCACAAAGCCACUCGCAAAAUCGACUUCAUCGGAAGUGCAGCGGUUGGUAGGCAGAUUGGUCAGUUGGCUGCGCGGUACCUGAAGCCGGUUUUGAUGGAGCUCGGGGGGAAGGGACCAGCACUCGUACUAGCAGAUGCGGAUUUGCAAAAGGCAGCUCAGCUGUGCGCGACAGGUGCUGUUGUGGAUCACGGCCAGGUGUGUUUCUCGACCGAACGCAUCAUCGUACACAAAGCAGUAUACGACGAGUUCGUUCCGAUCCUUUCCGACAUCUUUGCCAACAUGUCAUCCGUUGGCAAUGGCGUGACCAAACAGUCAGCAGACCGCGCAUACGGCAUGCUCCAAGACGCCCAUGAUAAGGGCGCCAAGUUCCUUGCGGGUGGCCCCGAGUAUCUGAGCGAGACAAGCCUGAAGCCAACGCUGAUCACAAACGUACCGAGAGACGCUCGCAUAUUUGACGAAGAGACAUUUGGCCCUUCAGCAACUGUAUACAUGGCAGAAGACGACGACGAUGCCGUGGAGAAAGCCAAUGACUCGGCGUAUGGCUUGAACGCUGCCGUUCACAGUACUAAUUGGGAGCAUGCGUAUAACAUUGCGAAACAGCUGGAAACAGGCCAAGUCCACAUCAACAACGUGACCAGCACCGAUUUCGUCACUGUGCCAUUCAAGGGCGUGAAGGGUUCUGGAUGGGGGCAGUCGAACUCGAUUUGGGGAAUUCGCGAAUUCAGUAUUGAGAAGGCUAUAUACUUUGAGGCGACUGGCGCGGAAGGCGUGUUGACUUAG